AUGGAUGUAGUGAGACCUGCUUCUCUGUCCGGCGUCAUUGGCAGCAAGAUGGCUCCAACCCGCAGCAUGGGAUUUAACCGACUAACAACAUCUAUUCUAUUUACAUUUCUUCUCGCUAGCUCAACAUCCGCACUCUGGGGCCUAUCAUAUCCCUUUCCCUCACGUCAACAGCCACUAGCUCUCGAGCACAAAGAGCAUCGAUCAAUAAUGGAUAAGAUACUCCCUGGUAUUGUCCAGCCACAGAAGACGGCUCCGGACGAGGAUGCGAACUCAAAAUACAGCGGUAGCCCUAUCAUCUCAGAUGUCCUUCCCAAGACCAAGGGCAUCAAUAUCUUUGCGCGGUUGACCCGAGACUUUGAGCCAGUCGCCAACCGUCUUAACGAUGCAUCCAAAAACAUUACAGUUCUAGCACCACGCAACAGUGCAAUUCAAGCUCUUCCGCGAAAGCCCUGGGAAAAUCCCGAGGACUACAAGAAGUUCGGAGAGGUAAAUGCAUAUGAGGGGCAGGAUGGUCAAGACCGGGCAAAGCGGAAUCUGCAGCGAUUCGUGGAGGCUCAUCUCAUCCCUGCUAGUCCCUGGAGAGUUGGGGAAGAGAUCGAAACGCUUGCAGGAGAGAAGUUGAAAUGGACGAAGGAGGGUGAUAAGAUCUUUAUCCAACCUGGCAAUAUUGAAGUUGAUUCAAUUGCGGAGAAGGUCCAUAAUGGGGAAGUCUGGAUCUUGAAUGAUGUUAUUAAUUACCGUCAACAGUGAUUGGUUAUGAUUUACUACGAUUUAUGAAUAUUGUGCAAUAUGAACCAUUCAAGAA